AUGAGGGCCCUGAAAGUCCAGAAACCUAACUUCAAAAACUCAAGUGAACUGCUGGCAAUGUUUCCUAAGCCCAGGUUUGAUGAAAGACCAAACACAGGAGAUCUCUGUGAGGCUCUGGGCGGCCUCAAAGAAAUCAAUGAAGAAAAGGCUCCCUCCCCGGCUCUCCUCGGGUCCCUCACCCCAGGCUGGAGGCGGCAGCGCGGGGCGCCCUCGUGCGGCCGGAAGCGGCGCUGCAGCUCCCCGCCGUCCUCCCGCGCCGGCGCGCUGCUGGCAGAGGAGCCUCGGGCAGAGCCCCGGGCCGCGGUGCCCCACGGUGUCCCGGCUGCGCCCCCGGCCCGCUCACUGCUCUCCCGGGCCGGCACGCAAGCUACACGCCGUCCUUGUUUCACCUCUGAUCAUUUUCUCCCCACACUGGAGGGGGAGGCCGGCGCCGAUGCCCCCGCACGCGUGGACGUCACGGCGAGCAUGCGGGGUACUCCUGGCCCGGCAGGGGGUCGGCGCCCCCUCCCUCCCCCGCCCAGUGGGGCCAGACAGAGAUUUGGAUUUGAACUGCAUUUUGGAAUUCAUCGUUACGGACAAUGUCAGCAUCAAAUGAAGGUCCAGUUAGACCCACCCCCCCAGAUGGAGGCUGGGGGUGGGCUGUGGUCGUUGGAGCUUUUAUAUCCGUUGGCUUCUCUUGUGCGUUUGGCAAAUCUAUUUCUGUAUUUUACAAAGAAAUUGAAGAAAUAUUUAACGCCAGCACCAGCGAAGUGUCGUGGAUCUCUUCUAUUAUGUUUGCUGUCAUGUAUGCUGGAGAAAAGUGGUGAUGGUCCUAUCAGCAGUAUCCUGGUGAAUAAAUAUGGUAGCCGUCCUGUCAUGAUUGUUGGUGGCUGCUUGUCAGGCUGUGGCUUGAUUGCGGCUUCUUUCUCCAACACUGUACAGGAACUUUACUUGUAUAUUGGAUUCAUUGGAGGUCUUGGGCUUGCCUUCAACUUGAAUCCAGCUCUGACCAUGAUUGGCAAUUAUUUCUACAAGAGGCGACCGUUGGCAAAUGGACUGGCCAUGGCAGGCAGCCCUGUGUUCCUCUCUACUCUGGCCCCCCUCAAUCAGGCUCUCUUUGGUAUCUUUGGCUGGAGAGGAAGCUUCCUAAUUCUUGGGGGCCUCCUACUAAACUGCUGUGUAGCUGGAGGCCUGAUGCGACCAGUAGGGCCCCCACCAACAAGUGCGGGGAAAGAUAGGUCUAAAGAAGCCCUUCAGGAACCUGGAAAACCUGAUUUAGAAAAGGGGGCAGCCAGACCUUCUAUGGGACUCAUAGCCAACACCAAGUGGAUAAGACCUCGAAUUCAGUAUUAUUUUGCGGCUUCUAUUGUUGUGAACGGAGUGUGUCAUCUGCUAGCACCUUUAUCCUCCACCUACAUUGGGUUUUGUGUCUAUGCGGGAUUCUUUGGAUUUGCAUUUGGGUGGUUUAGCUCGGUGUUGUUUGAAACACUGAUGGACCUCAUUGGACCCCAGAGGUUCUCCAGCGCCGUGGGAUUGGUGACCAUUGUGGAAUGCUGUCCUGUCCUCCUGGGGCCACCACUCUUAGGUAUAGUAUCCCUUACUACCUCUUGGGUUCUGUUAACAUGAAACAGGCAUAGAAGAUGGAGAAGGUGAUGGAAAGCCAAUAUCAGUAAGCUGCUCGGUGGCAGAACGUCUUUCUCAUUUCUGUAGCCUCAGUGCUCGGCAGAGCGUAAUUGCUCAGAUUCUUACAGAACUGAAGUACAUCGAACUGUCAAGCUGAAAGGGGAGUCAAAAACAAUUGCAGAUUUAAAUAUCUAUUAAAGUAACCUUUUCUGAUCAUAAAAUGAACAUGUUUAUCAUAGAAGAAUAUAUAACAUAUACUCCACCUUUAAAAUACUUUGGUAAUUUCAUUUUAAUUGUGGAAUU